AUGGCGCUCACAGGAGUAGGCCCGGCUUUGGAGCCGUUCGAUCUCGAGGGUCCUGCCCAUGAAGUUUCGGCAAGAUGGCGCAGGUGGAAGAGAUCAUUCCAGUACUAUGUGGAUGGGCAGAACAUUACAUCCGCGAAGAGGCAGAGGAGUCUGUUGCUGUACUUGGCUGGUAUGCCAGUACAGGAGAAAUUCGAAACGCUAACAGAAGAUAAGGACACCGACAAUUUAUUCGAGCGGGCUGUGAGUGCUUUGGACAAGGCGUUUGAGUUCGUGGCCAACAAGAGGUUCGAACGGUAUAAGCUUCGUCAGAUGUCACAACGGACUGGUGAAACAGUAUCUCAGUUUUCGACCCGUUUGCUUGGGCAAGGCAAAUACUGUGACUAUGGCACCGACAUGGAGGAUCAUGUAUGCGACCAGCUCCUCAUAGGGAUAUCGGACAAUCGCCUCAGAAAGAAAUUGUUGGAAGUCGACGACCUCACUUUGGCGGUGGCCUUGAAAAAAGGUCGCGAGUAUGAAACAACGGAGCAGCACGCACGUGAUAUGUCAACAUCGACAAGUACAAGUGCAAGUCACAGUGCAAGCCAUGAUGGGCAUGGGUCCAGUUCGUACGGUACGGGUGAAGCUGCACCAGGAAGUGUGAAUGCUGUGCACGGCGUACCCCAGCAAGAGUGUCACAACUGUGGAAAAGUUGGCCACUUCGCCCGCGACCGGAACUGUCCUGCACGUGGCCAAAGGUGUAGAAAGUGUGGCAUAAACGGUCACUUCGCAUCCAAAUGCAAUGGAGGUGACAAACAGCGUACAGGCAACACGCGUCACGCUCCCAAGUCGUCGGGAAAGGCAAGUUCGUACAGAAAAGAAAAUCACUCGGCAAAUCAAAUUCAAGAUGUAGACGAUUUUGUGUUUGGAGUGCGAGGAAGUAAUUAUUUGACACAGGCCUCUAUCGAUGUCAGCCUCAAUGGUGUGUCGACGCGAGUGCUAGUCGAUUCUGGAGCAUCAUGCAACUUGUUGGGAGAAUCGACUUUGGGCCAGCUGCAAUUGCAAGGCCUCGGUGUCACUUUGACGAAGUGCACCAGGAAGCUUUUCGCGUAUGGAGCACACCAGCUGAAUGUCGUCGGCAAGUUUACUGCAAUUUUCCAAUGCGGCUCAGAGCUCACUGAGGACGAAGUGAUCGUCGUCAGAGGAGAUGGAGAGUUCUUGCUGGGACGUAGUACUGCACUCAAGUUGAAGGCCUUGGUGCUACCUGACGUGAAUCAAGUUGGCAGCGCCACAGCUAGCCCCAGUACCAACGAUGAAAUCAAGAAUGAGUAUCCUGGUGUGUUCAGUGGUGUGGGCAAGUUAAUUGGCUACCAAGCACGCCUUCAUGUAGACUCUGAAGUUCCACCUGUGGCCCAACGCCAGCGUAGGAUACCAUAUGCGUAUGAAACCAAGGUGGAUGAAAAACUUCAGGAGUUACAGCAAUCAGGAAUUAUUGAAGAAGCUGUGGGCCCGACGCCGUGGGUAAGCCCAAUUGUGAUAGCACCAAAGAAGCAUGGCGACAUCCGUUUGUGCGUGGAUUUACGCCGGGUCAAUGAAGCCAUCGUCCGAGAACGACAUCCGAUGCCAACAACAGAGGAGUUGCUGCAUGAAGUCAAUGGCAGCACGGUGUUUUCGAAGAUUGACCUGAAGUGGGGAUUUCACCAAGUAGAGUUGGAAGAAGAGUCCCGCUACCUGACAACUUUUGCUGCAAAUGGGAAGUUGUACCGGUUUCGUCGACUGCCAUUUGGUAUAAGUUCAGCACCAGAGCUGUACCAGAAGAUCAUCAGCGAUGUGAUCUAG